UACAUUUUUAUUGGAGCGUGUUCUGCGACUUUUUCUUUUCUUUGGGAAGAAAUCUUCAGACGACUUUGUACCCGCAACGAGAAGGAAAAGGCUAUCGAAAGCGGUUUUCCGAGCGGUUCUCUGGUGAGGGUAUUUGUUCUAAGAAGCAGACAGAUCUAACUUUCCGAGCGGUAUUUCUCGAAAUCUACUUAGACUAUCAGAUCUCUUGUUUCCGGCAUCGAUUCCCGUGGAAUUGGAUUUUCAAGGGUUCCGUGCGAGCGCUUGUUGGAUGGAGUGACGGAUCCGGUUUGCGGGAGCGGUUUUAGUUCGUGUAAGCGAUUGGAUCUGAGAUCUAGGAGUUUCCAGGGCGGUUUGGUCCUCGGGGCACCGGAAAAUGGUUUUCCAGGCGGUUUUAUCAUCUCCGAGCUUCUGAAAAGCGGAUUCGGUCAUCUUCUUGUCGGUUUUGUAAUAAUCUCUGGGGGUAGAUACAGAAGUGCCGUAUGACGUCGGGAACAAGGCUUCCGACGUGGAAAGAGAGGGAGAAUAACAAGAGGAGGGAGAGACGGAGGCGAGCUAUCGCCGCGAAGAUCUAUGCCGGCCUGCGGAUGUAUGGGAACUACAAGCUCCCGAAGCACUGUGACAACAACGAGGUCUUGAAAGCUCUUUGCGCAGAGGCUGGUUGGACGGUCGAGGAAGACGGCACCACUUACAGAAAGGGAUGCAAGCCAUUGGAGCGCAUGGACAUCGUGGGCGGGUCAGCAUCUGCAAGCCCAUGCUCGUCAUAUCAUCCGAGUCCAUGUGUGUCAUAUAACCCAAGCCCACAUGCAUCCUAUAACCCAAGCCCACGUGCAUCGUAUAACCCAAGUCCAACCUCAUCCUCCUUCCCAAGCCCCGCUUCUUCAUCCUAUGCUGCUAAUGCCAAUGCCGACCCGAAUUCCCUCAUUCCAUGGCUAAAAAAUCUCUCAUCUGCCUCUUCAUCUGCAUCCUCCUCCAAGCUGCCCCAUCACCUCUACAUCCAUGGUGGCUCCAUCAGUGCUCCUGUUACCCCUCCACUGAGCUCCCCAACUGCCCGUACCCCUCGAAUCAAGACCGACUGGGAUGACCCCACCGCCGCCCCCUCGUGGGAUUCUUCACAUAACUACCCCUUCCUACCCUCUUCCACCCCUCCAAGCCCUGGCCGUCAGAUCCUCCCCGAUUCCAGAUGGCUUUCUGGGAUCCACAUACCACCUGGUGGGCCGUCGUCUCCCACAUUCAGCCUAGUCUCCGCCAACCCCUUUGGAUUCAAGGAGGAAGUGUUAGCAGGUGGGGGUUCCCGCAUGUGGACACCAGGUCAAAGUGGGACUUGCUCUCCUGCCUUGGCAGGCACACCCAAUCACACAGAUGUGCAGAUGUCAGAUGGGGUUUCCGAUGAGUUUGCAUUUGGCAGCAACACGAUAGGGCUGGUGAAGCCAUGGGAGGGAGAGAGGAUACAUGAGGAAUGUGGGUCAGACGAGCUUGAGCUCACCCUUGGGGGCUCCCAUACCAGGUGAUCUGGGGCCAAGAACGUGUGAUGAACUGCUGGUAUGCUGCUGUUGCUCUUCUCCGUCCUUUGUUCUUUCCAUUUGUUAUGAUGGUGUAGAGAGAGGAAGAGAGAGACAGGGAGGAGAAAACAUGGAUAUGGUUUGGCGUUGGUUUAGCUUCCUCUGCAGACUGAUUUUCCUUUAUUUACUCAAAAUGUGUUGGAUUUCGGGUGUUUUUAAGCCAAAAGGAUAGAACAAGCUGAGGGAAGAAUAUCUGGAAUAGCUAUGUUUAUUUAUUUUUCAAUUAUAUUUAUAUAUAACAUUGUGGGGUUCGUUCACCCAUUUCUUUA